AAUGCCAACCACAAAGAGCGGUGUAGGGUCAAACAGAAGGAUCACUAACAAUUUAACUACUGAUAGCAUUGCAAGUACCAGUGAGGAGUCACGUACGAAAAGCCGUGAAGAGUCAUUAACAAGUAGCAGUAAGGAUUCAAUUAGGAAUACCAGUGAGGAGUCAAGUACAACUACUAGUGAGGAACCAAGUACAAAAAGCAGUGAGGAUUCAAGUAUUGAAAGCACUGCAAAGUCAAUAGCAAAGAUAGCAAAGACCACGGAGGAGUCGAGUACAAGAGGGAAUACCAGUGAGGAGUCAAGUACGAAAAUCAUUGAGGAGUCAGGUACAAAAAGCAAUGACUAUCCAACCACGAAGAUUGGUGUAGCGUCAUAUACAAGGAUAAGUGACAAAUCAAGUACUGAGAGCACUGCAAAGACCGGUAACAGGUCAAGUACUAAAAGCAGUGAGGAGUUUAGUACAAAUAACAGUGAGGGAUCACGAACAAUAGGCAGUGAGGAGUCAAGUACUAAAAGAGGUGCGGAGUCUAGUGAGAAUACCACUGAGGAGUCAGGUACAAAGAGCAUUGUAGAUUUCAAAAUAGAAUCAAGUACAAAGACCACUGAGGAGCUGAGUACAAGAGGGAAUACCAGUGAUGAGUCAAAUACAAAAAGCAAUGAGAAGCCAACCACCAAGAGUGGUGUAGGGUCAAACACAAGGAUCAAUAACGAUUCAACUACUGAGAGCACUGCAAAUACCAGUGAGGACGCAAGUACAAAAAGCAGUGAAAUGCCAACCACAAAGAGCGGUAUAGGGUCAAACAGAAGGAUCACUAACAAUUUAACUACUGAUAGCAUUGCAAGUACCAGUGAGGAGUCACGUACGAAAAGCCGUGAAGAGUCAUUAACAAGUAGCAGUAAGGAUUCAAUUAGGAAUACCAGUGAGGAGUCAAGUACAACUACUAGUGAGGAACCAAAUACAAAAAGCAGUGAGGAUUCAAGCAUUGAAAGCACUGCAAAGUCAAUAGCAAAGAUAGCAAAGACCACUGAGGAGUCGAGUACAAGAGGGAAUACCAGUGAGGAGUCAAGUACGAAAAUCAUUGAGGAUGAGGAGUCAAGUACAAGAAGCAGUAAGGAUUCAAUUAGGAAUACCAGUGAGGAGUCAAGUACAACUACUAGUGAGGAACCAAGUACAAAAAGUAGUGAGGAGUUAAGUAUGAAAAGCAGUAAGGAGUCAAGCACAAACAGUCCUAGAGAGACAAGUUCAAAGAGCAGUGAGGAUUCAAGUAUUGCCAGCACUGCAAAGUCAACAGCAAAGACCAGUGAGGACUUAACUACAUUCAGCAGUGAAGAAAAAACCACAAAGAGCAAUUUAGACUUGAAUUCAGAAUCAACUUCAAAGACCAGUGAGCAGUCAAGUACCAGAAUAAAUGAGGAAUCAAGUACGAAAAGCAGUGGGAAGUCAGGUACAAAAAGCAAUGAGAAGCCAACCAACAAGAGUGGUGUAGGGUCAAACACAAGGAUCAAUAACGGUUCAACUACUGAGAGCACUGCAAAUACCAGUGAGGAGUCAAGUACAAAAAGCAGUGAAAUGCCAACCACAAAGAGUGGUGUAGGGUCAAACAGAAGGAUCAGUAACAAUUUAACUACUGAUAGCACUGCAAGUACCAGUGAGGAGUCACGUACGAAAAGCCGUGAACAGUCAAUAACAAGUAGCAGUAAGGAUUCAAUUAGGAAUACCAGUGAGGAGUCACGUACAACUACUAGUGAGGAACCAAGUACAAAAAGCAAUGACGAGUCAAAAAACUACAAGACCUCAAUGUGUGUUCCUGAACAAUACAAGUCAAGGAAAAUCAAAGUUGAUGAUUCUAAAAAGAUCCACAUAAACCUGGCAAUCGCUUUGAUCCUCCUCAACCUACAUUUCCUUACCAGUGAGAUGGUUGCAGAAUCCUCCUCUUCUGGUCUUUGUGUUUACAUGGCUCUUGCUCUCCACUACUCUCUGUUGGCUACCUUCUGUUGGAUGGGCUUGGAGGGGUUCCACCUCUACCUUCUAAUCAUCAAAGUCUUCAACAUCUACAUCAAUAGAUACAUGUUGAAGAUUAGCAUGGUGGGAUGGGGUGUUCCAGCGGUAAUUGUGUUGCUUUUGCUGUCAAUAAACACAGAAUUUUAUGGCAGAUAUACAUUUGUGGACUCAUCCAACUCCACUAGUAGUACAAUAUGCUACAUAACCAACAAGAACGUAAAGUGGGUGACCACAGUGGGAGUGUUUGGUCUUAUAUUCCUCUUUGUCAUUGUCGUGUUUUUGCUAACAGUCAGAAAUAUGAUGCCAAACUGCUGUCAGAAAAAGUUCAGGCAGAAGAACAGGAGUGGACUGAAGCAGAACGUUUGCACCGUGCUGGUCCUCAUCACUCUGCUUGGGAUUACCUGGGGAAUCAUCUUCUUCUCGUUUGGACAACUGACCACUCCUGGCCUCUACGUCUUCUGCAUUUUGAACUCACUGCAAGGUUUUUUCAUCUUUCUCUACUUCGUUUUCUCUCUAAGAAAAACCAAAGACAUCCCAACUUCAUCAAGUGAGAAACCAACCACCACAAAGUCCCUGGAUAUUUUGAAGUAG